GGAAACAGCAAACACCAGACAACUAAUAUAUCAACUUGGAACUUUGUGUUUGAAAUACGUAUCAAUCGUUGUUUGUUUAUUUUGAAAUUGUUAUUGUUUUGAUUUAAAAAUGGUUAAGGUUUUAUGGAUUUUUCUGUUCGCUACAACGUCAGCCCAUGUUAUUCCCAUGGAUCAAUCAAGCUUUGUAACUCCAUUUUACAUACGGACAAAUAAUAGACUGAGUUUAUUACAGUUUACUAGACCCAUUACCAACCCAUACAACAUGGGCAAUUUGGUCAAGCACCUAGCAUCAGUAAACGUAAUACCUUACAAAUUAGCUCAAGCUAAAACACAAGAAGUGUACUCUGAUGAUAAUUCACAAGUCGUGACGCACACAGUGCCUGCCGUCGUACGAAUAAACAAUCGAAUAAAUGAGGUUACUACAAAAAAUCACCUGGCAGAUAAUGAUAAUUCUACCAAGGACAUCCCAAAAAAACCCGCCAAUCAAGGAGAUGAUUCCGGAAGCUCAGAGUAUCCAUCAUCGACUGAAGGAGCCAGCACGACCACUGAAGACUAUGAAACUACGACGUUUGAAAACGAUUUAAGCAAUCGACUGGGCGUGGACCCGCGAGUAGUAGCAAGUCUUCUUGGCGGAUAAUAUAAAUAUAUAAUAUAUUUAUAUAUAUAUUUCUCAUUUACUCAAAAAGUUAUUCAUCAACCCAUAGGUUUACAGGCAGAGGUCGCUUCUAGCAAUAUUAAGCCUCCUAUUGUAUCUUCUGCAUUGUGUGAAAUUGUAUU